GUUUCAUCAUCAGAUUUGUAUGUAUAUUGUGUCAGUUCGCCUUUGUUUUUUAAUUGCAAGCCCGUCAAUUAGGCGAUUGUUUUACGGUCGUAGAUCGAACUGCUAUCAGCGAGUGCGAGUGCGAGUGCGAGUGCGAGUGCUAUCAACUGCCAGAAACGGAGCCACAAUCACGCUGACACCCCUUGUGCAAUCGUCGACGCAGGCCGCCUAGGGCCAUCAGGCAGCCGUCCAGGUUGGAGGCACUUGCUCGGGAUCGGAAACGGGUUCCGCAUCCGGAUCCGAGACAGAGAGGCUGAGGCUGAGCCAGAAGCAGAGCCUGCUUGUUGCUGCCGCGUUCGCAAAGGACUCAAAAUUGAUAGAAACAACAAAAAGGCUGCUGCAACUGGUGCCUCAUCCGAGGACCAGCCGCCGCGCAAAAAGGGUCGUCGCUCAGGAGGCUCCUCAUCCUCAACCACCGGUUCCGUUUCCGUUUCUGUUUCCGUCGCCAGCGUCGCCGCCGCCGCCGCAGUAUCAAUAGAUGCGGCAUCCACGUCGCGAGCAGCGCAGCAGUUACAGCAUCAAUUGAACGCCACAUCGACGCCAGGCUCAUCCAGCACAGGAACUUUGGAAACACCUAGCAGAGGGCAGCGCAAAUCGACCGAAAGCAACAAGAGGCCGCGGGAUCACAGCACCAGCAAUACACCCGGCUCCGAGGCAAAUAGUAGUGGACCGACCAUGCAGAGCACCACUUCCACGUCGAGCGGUUCCUGCUCCAGGCCCUUGGAGGGCUCUGCCCCCAACUCCGGAGGCAGUGCCGAGAACGUGGCCCGCGAGGCCGGCGGCAGUGGCGAGGACAGCGUCGGAAUCGGCGAUGAGAAUCCCUCGGGCAGCAGCGCCGCCACCAAUGGCCACGAUUCCAAACACAACGGCUUCGUUGUCAACAACAACGGCAGCAGCAGCCGCAUCGUCGACGGCGAGAACAAUCGGGAGAACACCAGCUACAGCGGCGUGCAGCUGGACAAGUCCAACCAGGAGAUCAUCCGGUUGAUCGGACAGUAUCUGCACGACGUCGGCCUCGACAAGUCGGUCAAAACGCUCAUGGUGGAGUCGGGUUGCUACUUGGAACACCCCUCGGCCACCAAGUUCAGGGAGCAUGUCCUAAUGGGUGACUGGUCAAAGGCAGACUCAGAUCUAAAGGAUUUAGAGCCAUUAAUUGAUAAUGGAAAACUGGCAACGAUCACCGAAAUGAAGUUCAUACUGCUAGAGCAAAAGUAUUUAGAGCAUUUGGAUGAUGGCAAUCCGUUGGACGCCCUGCACGUCCUGCGCAGCGAGCUGACGCCCCUGCAGCACAACAUAUCGCGUGUGCACCAGCUGUCCUCAUACAUGAUGUGUUCGACCAACCAAGACCUGUACCAGCGCGCCAAGUGGGAGGGCAAGGGCAUCCUGUCGCGGGCCCUGGUCAUGGAGCGCCUGCAGACGUUCAUGCCGCCGUCGGUGAUGAUGUCGCCGCGGCGACUGCGCACCCUGCUGCAGCAGGCCGUGGAGCUGCAGAGCCAACACUGCCCCUGCCACGACAUGGCGUGGGAGACGAACCUGGAGACGGUCUCGCUGCUCACCGACCACUGCUGCACCACGGACGGCUUUCCCAUGCAGACCAUCCAGAUCCUCACCGACCACUGCGACGAGGUCUGGUUCUGCAAGUUCUCGCCCGACGGCCUCAAGCUGGCCACGGGCAGCAAGGACUCCACUGUGAUUAUCUGGGACGUUGAUCCGUACAAGCUGACCCUCAAGCAUCGGCGCGUCCUCGACGGCCAGGCCCAGCUCAGCGUGAGCUUCGUCAGCUGGAGCCCCGACUCUAAGCUCAUCCUCGUCGGCGGCACCGAGGACUCGCACGAGCUGUACAUCUGGAACGUGGACGACGGCAAGCUGGUGGUCAAGUUCUCGCAGUCGCUGGAGGACAGCCUCGCCUGCGGCGCCUUCAGUCGGGAUGGCGCCCGCUUCGUUUGCGGCGGCCAGAAGGGUCAGCUCUACCUGUGCGACCUCAACGGCACCAUCGUGGACUCCUGGGAGGGAGUGCGCGUCAACAGCAUCGCCUUUCGGGCGGACAACAAAACGAUCUUAGCGGCCGAUAAUCACUACCGUAUUAGAGGGUACAACUUUGAUAGCCCGCGUUCAGACUUCGAUAUUCUGAGGGAGCCACAUCCCAUUAUGACGUUCAGCAUCAACUCCGCCGACCGCCUGGCCCUGCUGAACGUCUCCAACCAAGGCCUUCAUCUGUGGGACAUCGAGGACAAGUGCCUGGUGCGCCGUUUCCAGGGCAUACGACAGAGCAACUUCGCCAUCCACUCCUGCUUCGGCGGCGUCAACGAGAGCUUCGUGGCCAGCGGCAGCGAGGACAAGGUCGUCUACAUUUGGCACAUCAAGCGCGAGGAGCCGCUGGCCAAGCUGGCCGGGCACACCAAGACGGUCAACUGUGUGUCCUGGAAUCCCGUGUACCCGUCCCUGCUGGCCAGCGCCAGCGACGACGCCACCGUGAGGAUCUGGGGGCCCAAACCGAACGGCAGCAGCGCAACGACUGAGAGCGACGACUGCUCUUCUAGCUCGUCUUCGUCCUCCUGGAAUAUGACUUAAGAUCGAUCGCGAGCCGUAGCUAAUGGGUGUGCGUGGGUUAGAUAUUGGAUUGGAUGCUGAUUUAGUUAUAGUGCGCCCUGAUUUCGAUUUCGAUUUCAAUAUAAAUGCAGAAUGCGUCCCGCUCUGAUUGCGCGUCGGUGUCGUCGUUGCUACAAACUGCCAUUACAACAAUAUGUAUGAGCAGCAUGACUUACGAUUAGCAUUAAUUACUUAAGUACAUUCAUACGAAAGGAGAGGCAUAACAUCAUAUCUAUGCUAACACUAUGCUAUAACAAGAAAUCAAUUCGUUCUCAGAUUUCUUUUUUAUGUAUGUGCAUAUGGCAAUGCGAAGUAAUAUUUCCCGGCCUAUAUAAGCGACUCUUCUCGACUACCUUUUUAUUAAUCUAAAGUGGAAUCGACCUGCUUGAUUUUAAAUUAUGAUAAUUGCCAAUUGAUUUGUUCUAUGCAGUUUCCGACAUUUAGUAUGUAACACGAAUUGACGUAUUUCAUAACCAGCAGACACAAUAAAAAUAGUUCUAUAUAUGUUUUUAAAAUGUCGAUUUUUUCCUUACGAUUAACCUGGGUCUUAAGCAAUCAAUAAAAUUUGAGUGAAAAUUGAA